AUGAGUUCUAGUGGACCUCGUCUUACACAUUCGGUUAACAAGUAUAAACUAUCACGCCGAGGACGCAAGUUGCAGAUUUCGGAUGAUCCAAGAACCUUGCUCGCGCUACCCAAGGAUGUGCCCGAGCGGACUUGGGCGGAAAUUUUCCAAAAAGAGGAGAAUGAGCUGGUCUGCCUAGAGAUCCGUGAGGAGUUGCUGGAGGAGGCGCUGCGCAUCGGCUACGAGCACUACAUGGAGCGCCAGAACUCGCCCUUCACCGUCUACUGCGCUGCUAAAGCCUGGCUCAAAUUGAUCGACUGGUACUUCUACCGCCACGAUCCUGGGGAGGACCCAAGUGCUUCUCCUCUCUGUUACAUCCCCAAGCGUUCGGAGUCGUGGAUCCCAGACGAGCCACCAGACCCGUCGCCUAAGGACACCUGGGGCCGCCAGGAGUUAAAGAUGCUAGAAGAAUGUCCAGUCGAGCUGGUGAAGAAGUGGGGCAGUACCGAGUCCAUUGAUAUGCCAGUGGUGGCAGAAAUACCGGAGCAAUACCGGUUUCCCGGCAAAGUUAAUCUGACGACAGUAUACACGACCAAAUCCGGAGCAGUAAGGCGCCACAAUAUGGAAAUGGAAGACGGCGCGCAGAGUUCCCAACAACGGGACUCCUGGGACGAUUCGCAACUGUCACUGUCGCUGUCUCUCUUCGGCCUGUCCCACGGCGGGGGAGACAGCGAGAUCCUGGAUAAUGUCACCAACUAUGAAGACUUAGAAAUAACCGACUCCAUGCUUGUCCACCUUGGCUCCAAGGACAGUCGGCACAUGCGGCCAGAUGUGGAAUUGGUGUCUGACCACGGCGAGUGGAAGUUCAUGCUGUACGACUAUAGCUCAGAUGGCUCCAGUUCAGCAAAGAUCGGUGAUGAGAGCGAGGUGCUGCAGAAGAUCACUGACUAUGACCAGGAGGAAGUCUCUUCCAAGAUUUUCAAGCAAGGGUCAAAGCACAGCGAUCUGAAACUGCCGACGCCAGUGGACGGGUCGCUACAAGGCGCUGGCGACUCUACCGUCGGUGGCGAACGCCUGCGCAAGCGCAGUCGCUUCGACAAGAGCAAAUCCACGACCUGGAGUCGCGGCGGCUUGAAGUCGCGAGGUAACCUGCCCCCGUUGGAGGAGUCACUGUCUCGGGUUAGCGCCAUCUCAGACUGUCGCCUCAGGAACCUCAGACUGGAUACGCAGUACGAGGUAUCUCCUGAACGUAUGGAUACGCCGGUUGAUAAGAAGUAAGCCGAUAAGCCUUAGACUGCACUCAUUUGGAAGUUAGAAAACAAUUUUGUGAUUAAAUUAACUAAUGUUGCUAAAUUGAAGUUAGCGUACUCACAGAUAAUUAAUACGGGAAUGAUAAGUUAAUUUCACUAAAUUAAAUAAUUCAUUUUGCGUAAUUUUGUGUCAAUAUUGUCAUCUUUCUAGCUUUUAUCCGGUUUAGUCCGGGGUUUGCAUACUUAUU